AUGCCAACAGUAGACUCUGAAGCAUGCUUCUUCGUGCUGUCGUGGUUUAUUCUUUUACUGAUGUGUGCUGUGGUGCUGCGUGAUUUAAUCAUGCCUUAUCUUCUCCGACGGAUGAAGGCUGAUGUGAAUGCCCAACUUCCAAAGAAGACGGAGCAUGUUCUAUUUUGCAGCCUUACACCAGAACAAGUAUCUGCUUACAGAGCAUUUUUAGCUAGCACUGAUGUGGAGCAAAUAUUGGAUGGACACAGGAAUUCUCUUUAUGGAAUUGAUGUGAUGCGCAAGAUCUGUAACCACCCUGAUCUACUUGAAAGGGAUCAUGCCUUCAGUGAUCCAGAUUAUGGAAAUCCAGAACGUAGUGGGAAAAUGAAAGUUGUUGGUCAAGUGCUUAAUGUUUGGAAGGAACAGGGUCACCGUGUUCUCCUUUUUACUCAAACCCAACAAAUGCUUGACAUUUUUGAGAAUUUUUUGACAUCUUCUGGUCAUGUUUAUCGGAGAAUGGAUGGUCUUACUCCUGUUAAACAGAGAAUGGCCUUAAUAGAUGAAUUUAAUGCCUCAAGUGAAAUAUUUAUUUUCAUUUUAACGACCAAAGUUGGGGGUUUGGGGACCAAUCUUACAGGUGCAGAUAGGGUGAUCAUCUUUGACCCUGACUGGAAUCCCUCAAAUGAUAUGCAGGCCAGAGAGCGGGCUUGGCGUAUUGGUCAGAAGCGGGAUGUAACCGUGUAUAGGUUGAUAACACGGGGAACUAUUGAGGAGAAAGUGUAUCACCGUCAGAUUUACAAACAUUUUCUUACAAAUAAGAUAUUGAAGAAUCCACAACAGAAAAGGUUCUUUAAGGCCCGGGAUAUGAAAGAUCUUUUCGUACUUAACGUGGAUGGAGAAACUGGGUCAACUGAAACUUCAAAUAUUUUUAGUCAAAUAUCUGAAGAAGUGAAUGUCAUUGGGACACUGAAAGAAAAUAAGGAUAAGAAUGAACAUAGCCAAACUGCCAAACUGGAUUCUGAGGAUGUUGCAGUUAAUAAUGAUGACAAGUCAGAGAGAGGAUCUUCGGAGGGGAAGGGGAAAGAGAAGGUUGAACUUUAUAACGGGGUUGAUGAUGGAACAGAUAUAUUGAAAAGCCUUUUUGAUGCCAAUGGGAUACAUAGUGCCGUGAACCAUGAUUUGAUCAUGAAUGCCCAUGAUGAGGAGAAGAUGAGACUUGAAGAGCAAGCAUCCCAAGUUGCUCGAAGAGCUGCAGAAGCUUUACGUAAGUCACGAAUGCUCAGAAGCCAUGAUAGUGUAUCUGUUCCUACGUGGACAGGAAGGUCAGGAACUGCUGGUGCACCAUCAUCUGUUCGUCAGAAGUUUGGUUCAACCGUGAAUCCCCUAUUGGUAAGUAAAAGCAAGGUAUAUGACGAGUUACCCAGCAAGGGAACGACAAAAUUAAAUGGAUUCGCUGCUGGGGCAUCCGCAGGUAAAGCUUUAUCUUCUGUCGAACUUUUAGCUCAAAUUCGAGGUAACCAAGAGAAAGCCAUUGGUGCUGGGCUCGAACAUCAGUCUAGCAUGUUGUCAAGUUCCACGAAUCAAGCAAGAUCUGUAGAUGUUAGAUCUUCCAGGGCUACUGCAAGUUCAUCUGGAUUACAACCUGAAGUAUUGAUUCGGCAAAUCUGCACUUUUAUACAACAGCGAGGGGGUAGUUCUGAUUCAGCCAGCAUAGUUUAGUAUUUUAAGGAACGUAUUCCCUCACAAGAUCUUGCCCUGUUCAAGAAUCUGUUAAAGGAAAUUGCGACUCUGCAUAAAGGAUCAAAUGGAUCUCAUUGGGUUCUGAAACCAGACUAUCAAUUCUGAUAUCAGACACUACCAAUAGGAGUGAGUUAUUUGCCAAUAUUCCUAUGCCAACAGUAGACUCUGAAGCAUGCUUCUUCGUGCUGUCGUGGUUUAUUCUUUUACUGAUGUUAGUUUAUGUAUGAGACAGUCGCGAAGAAUGCCUGUAGAGCCCGUUUUUGAGUUCUUAGCUCAAUUUUGCACACGGAAAAGGGAUAAAUAGUUUCACAGGCACCUCUAUGGAGUGCGGUAAAUAGUAGUUUUGUAAAGCCGCAUGGUUAUUUCUAUUUUUAUUCAUUUGGUUAUCUAAGUAAAGAGACAAUUCCUUUAACAUCAAUAAUACUUCCUUUUAAUCUUAACUAAGCAUUCUCAUGUGUAGACUUAUU